AUGCCAGCUUUAGCCAGCGCGCUUGCCAUGCCCGCAGCAAGGGCGCCCUUUGUACAGCCUCGAGUGUACGACAAUGAAGCGUAUGCGAUCGCCUCGACGUCACGUCGACAGCUGAAUUCGCCAUGGGAAUUUGCAAGAUUAGAUGACAGAAGGUGGGCAGUGGGCAGCAACUCUCCAGUCCUGCAAGCUUCGGCCAGCGGAACCGGCGCCAGAGUCGUAGCGGAUUCGUCUGGACAUUUCAAUGGUAGCUGCAAAGCUGGGCCUCAGACUUCAGCUGGGGACACCUUGCCUCCAAACGCAGGUCAGGGGGCGUGCGUCAGCUUCAUCCCAGAUAUCACCUCUUACUGCUGCAUAGCAGUGGGCGGCACAGAAGUCAAUGUGACAAGUCCAGCUCCGACGUCAGACAAUGCUGCUCCUGAGGAGGUAUGGGCCCCCGAGUGCCGGACGACCAACUAUGCGGAUAUGCUGGAUUGCUACAUGGUCACAGUGGAGGAUCAUUGCGCUCGAGAAUCAGUUGGUCCCUUUGGCUUUUGCAAUCCCAGCGACGCAGCAGACACGAGCUACUCCAUCAACCACAGUAGCUCGGCCGCACCCAGUUUGAGCAUGGCUUUGAGGAGGCCUAGGCUCCACCGAGACUUUUCCACUCUGACGCGAUGCAAGAUGUUGCUCGCUGAGCCCCUCUCGCUCAUCUUGUUGACGACGGCAUUGACAAGCGCUGUGACCUCCUUCUUUUGA